UUCCUGCACAAGUGGAUGUCAGCGGACGAAGACUCCGCACUAACAGUGAAAGUGCGCCACGUGCCUCCGCUGAGACUGCUGAUGCAACUUGAUGACGUAGGGGGGCGGGGCAGCGCGGCCCCAAAUUCUUUAAAAGUCCGCCGAGCGAAGCCGUUCCGGAACCAGCCGAGAACAGCCGAAGCAGCAGCAGGUCGAGCAGAAGACGCCAUGAGCCACGUCGACGUGAAGAACCUGAAGCCCUCCAGCUUCGAGGAGGAGCAUUUCGACGAGUACGAGUACUACAACCUGACGGACAAAUACGUGGAGGGUUCGGCCCGCAAAGGCAGAACCAAGAAGGAGGCCAGCGAGAACACGAACCGGCCCAACCCCGGCGGGCACGAGCGCAAGAUCGUGGAGAAACUGCAGAACAGCGAGAAGAAGGCAAAGGCGUGACCGCUGAGGACUACUCGGACGGAUUGAAACGGAAACAGAACAUGGGCUUCUUGGCGACAAAGACGUGCAGGAGUGUUCCAGCGCCGAGGGGCGGAGUUUCGAGAGGGCGUGGCCAUUCGGCCCAAGAGGAAGCGGGCUCUUUGCACCUGGUUGGUGGUUUGGUCCGGGUUCGGACCGUGACUGUGCAUCAGUGAUGGGUUUUAUGUUUUAAAGUCUUUUUCAUUUUUUACUAUUAAAGGUGUUUUUUAAAUGAA